AUGAGAAAGAACAACCUGACGAGGACGGUGGAGAUUUCAGGAGAACAGGGUCCGCUGGGGAUCCAUGUAGUGCCAUUCUGUUCAUCUCUGAGUGGAAGGUGAGGCUCUGGCCUACACAUCCGUGGCGUAGAGGAGAACAGUCGCUCCAAGCGGGAGGGGAUCUUCCACGACGACGAGUGCAUCAUCCGCAUCAACGACACCGAACUCAUGGACAAAACUUUCGCCCAAUCCCAGGAAGUCUUCCGGCAGGCCAUGCGCUCCUCGACCGUGCGUCUGGAGGUGGUUCCCAAUGGCAACCGUGAGCGCUACGAGAGGAGUCUCAUUGGUCCCCUCUACACCUCCACACCGGAACCCGCCGCUCCCGCCAGGACCAAAGACCCCCCGCCGCCCGUCAAAGUCAAGCCCACCUUGAGGCCUCUUCCUGGGGAUGCACGGGACCCCAACGGUGGUGGUGGUGGUGGAGGUAGCGGUCUGGAGGUCCGAGGGACCUCGGGGUCCCCCCACCCCCCCAGCAGGCUCUCCCCGUCCCCCAGCCCCAAGGGCCGCAGUGAGAGCCCCCUGCUCCGCAAGGGUCUGGGCCUCUCCCCGCUGGCUGGCCUCACCAGCAAGAAGGGCGGCAAGAGGAUCCGCAUCGACCUCAAGAAAGGACCGGAGGGUCUGGGCUUCACCGUGGUGACGCGGGACUCGUCGGUGCACGGUCCAGGCCCCAUCCUGGUCAAGAACAUCCUCCCUCGUGGGGCUGCUGUCAAAGAUGGCCGCCUGCAGUCAGGAGACCGCAUCUUGGAGGUGAACGGCGUGGACAUCACGGGCCGGACUCAGGAGGAGCUGGUGGCCAUGCUGCGCAGCACCAAGCAGGGCGAGUGUGUGUCUCUGGUGGUGUCCAGACAGGAGGAGAUGUUCCUGCCACGGGAGCUGAAGGAGGAGGUCUCUCGUCCCGUGCCGUGUGAGGAUGGGAAGGAGCAGCUGAUGUUUGAGGUGCCGCUGAACGACUCUGGGUCAGCUGGACUCGGGGUCAGUCUGAAGGGCAACAAGGCCCGCGACACCGGGGAGGACCUGGGCAUCUUCAUCAAGUCCAUCAUCCAUGGAGGAGCCGCCUAUAAGGAUGGCCGUCUGCGUGUGAAUGACCAGCUGGUGGGGGUAAACGGGGAGUCUCUGCUCGGGCGGUCCAACCACGAGGCCAUGGAGACGCUGCGCAGGUCCAUGUCCAACGAGGGCAACCUGAGGGGCAUGAUCCAGCUACUGGUGCUGCGUCCACUCAUCAGCCAGGAGCAGGUGGAGGUGCGGCGGACGCUGAACCGCUCGUUUGACAGCUGCACGGGCCACAUGAACGCCGUGGGACAGGCCAACGGAACCACGCAGGCCAACGGAACUGCUCACACAUCCAUGGUGAUCAACAGCCUGUACCAGAGAGCAGGCCCUUAUCAUUAG